AUGGACGCUCGACCCCAAAGACCUUUACGAUUUACUCAUACCAAUACCGAUGGUGAUGAGAAUAUCGCACCUUUAAUCACCAAACAACAAUCAACUCUACAUCAAAAACACAAGUCCACAGGAACCUUAGCCAGUAUGUUAGCAGUCGGAGGGCUCAAGGCUGCUGCCAAGAGAACUGCAUUCGGAGAUGUUAGCAAUACCGCAAAGACUUUGAAUAAUAUUCAUGACGAGUCUGGUAUUAAGGGCAAGUCACUCGAAGUCAUUAAGCCUAUUGCUAUUCAGGAUAAAUCAGCUGCACUUUUAAAACCAGCACAACGACCACUUAACAGUGGCCCCAGAGCACCAUUAGCUACAUCUACCUCUGAACAAGUUUCUAUCGCUCCACUUCCAAAACAAUCUCACACAAAUCAAACCAAGCGCAACACUUUGGCCAAGAAGGGUGCGGUAUACAAGGACACAGGAAUUGAAAACAUCCAGCCACUCGCCCAAAAGCCCAUCGCGUCGACUAGCUCAGUCCAACAAACCCUCGGCCCUAGACACGCCAAGAGUCAACCUGAGAUCAAGGCUGAGCAACCAGUUUUACGACGAACACAGAGCAAGCAAUUGAACAAUGUUGUCGACAAUGAUGAACCUGCAAUCUAUCACAAUGCACCUGAGCAUCCUUUGAAGGAAAACGUCAACGAGUCCCAUCUCCGAUCUAUUAAAGAAAAGGAAGAGUCUGCUGUCGUCGAGAAGUUGAAGUCACAAAAGCAAUUGCCAGCUCUACCACUUGCCCUCGAACCUGAAGAAUACUGGCCGGAGGAUGAAGAAGAAGCUUAUGAUGAACAAGGCUAUACAACUGCCCACUCAUUCCGAGGAGAGAAUACUACUGGAGGAGCAACCACUGUUAUCGUUCCAAAGGUCACAAACAAGGUUAAGAAGGAGCUUGAGGAUGCCAGAAUUCUUGUAGAGUCUGUUCGAACCCAGGAAGAUAUUGAAGAUGAGAUGUGGGACACUAGCAUGGUGGCUGAGUAUGGUGAAGAGAUUUUCUCAUACAUGCGCGAACUUGAGAACAAGCUUCUACCUGACCCACAUUACAUGGACACACAAGCAGAGAUCCAAUGGUCAAUGCGCUCUGUUCUGAUGGAUUGGUUGAUCCAAGUUCACCAGAGAUUCUCCCUUCUUCCCGAAACUCUCUUCCUCUGCGUCAACUACAUCGAUCGAUUCCUUUCGAAGAAGGUUGUUUCUCUUGGCAAGCUUCAAUUGGUUGGUGCUACUGCCAUUUUCGUUGCUGCUAAGUAUGAAGAAAUCAACUGCCCUUCGAUUGGUGAAAUCGUCUAUAUGGUCGACGGUGGUUACAGCAGUGAAGAGAUUCUCAAGGCAGAACGAUUCAUGCUCAGCAUGCUUCAAUUCGAGUUGGGGUGGCCUGGUCCAAUGAGUUUCUUGCGCCGCAUUAGCAAGGCUGAUGAUUAUGAUCUUGAGACACGAACAUUAGCAAAGUACUUCUUGGAGGUCACCAUCAUGGAUGAACGAUUCGUUGGUAGCCCACCAAGUUUCGUUGCUGCCGCAUCUCACGCCGUUGCUAGAUUUAUGCUCGGCAAAGGAGAUUGGUCUCCGGCUCAUGUUUACUAUUCUGGUUAUACUUGGAACCAGUUGAAGCCAUUGGUAUCUUUGGUCAUGGAGUGUUGCGAGAACGCUCGGAAGCAUCAUGCUGCUGUCUUUGAGAAAUAUUCCGACCGCCGUUACAAAAGAGCUUCCACAUACGUCGAGGACCAGAUGAUCAAGGGCUUUCAAAUUCCAGGCAUCGUUCGCCGUCAACAAUCCAUCCCAGCUCCUCUACGCCUCGAAUCUCAAUACCAAACCGUUGCCUUUGACCCAUUGUUGUCCAUCGAGGAGAACUCACAGCGAAUGAUUCAAGCAAGAAGCUAA